AUGGGCAAUGUUGGAAGCCGCUUAGAUGACUCUGGGAACUUGUACUUCAAGGAUCAGACAAGGUUCACAAUCGCUUCCGUGACCAUAACGAAUAGCAAACGGCGCGUGCUUUUAAGCCUUGUACCGAACUCCUUCCCCGCGACGAGAUAUGCUGCCAAGCGUGAGACCGGCGACGACAGCCCAAUAGAAUAUAUACAGGAUCCCGAUGUUUCGCCGUCUGCCCCUGUGCCCACCUUCCUUCUGCGAUUGAACAACGAAGACGAGUUGAAUUUCAAUUUCACAUUUAUAUUGAGACAGACACAAACGGGGACCGCUGCGAAUUCGACCGUCAAUGGUGUCUCAACAUCAUUGCCCGAGGUCGCCGACACGGUGCUCACAGGCCUUACGUUUGCGCAUGCGCCCAACUCAAGGGAAUUAGACAACUUGAUCACCAGAGAAUUCCAUGCCAACCCCAACUUGCAAAAUAACUCCAAUGUACAGCUAGUCGGAGACUACUCCACCGCAGGUAGUCCCUCGGUUCAGUUCGACUGGUCCUGGAAAUGGAAACCCCCCAAAGUGGUCGAAGAUAAGGGGGGUGGUUGGAGAAAUAGCUGCAGCUUUCUGGAUUAUGAUCAAAGGGCGAACCGGUUGAAUACCCUUGCUCACUUCUCAUUUUGGGUGCAUAAUACAGUGCGCUCGCUUCCAAGCCCACAAGUUUCUUCCCCAAACCUGGAAGUCAAUGUUCCUUUCCGCAAUCGCAUUCCCUCGUCGCAGUCCGUCCUUUCCCAUUCUAGCGAUGCGGACGCCGCAUCCAAUUCCCAGAAUGUCCCUGUUACACCCCCGGAAGCUGGUGAUACAACAGCCACACUGCCCCACGUCUCAGCACCGCCUCCACCUGUCAAAGUCGACCUUCCUCAUUCGCGUCCCGGAGAGGACAUGAGUGUGGUUGAGGAUGGUCCGUUAUUCCGGGCUACUAUGAAAGCUCUGGAACAGAAGACAGGGAAUAUGCGUGCUAAGAUAAAGAAGGUCCUCAAGAAAGCUGAAGCCGCUCAGCAGGCACAGACUGCCUGCAACGAAGCCGUGGAAGCCUUCCUUAACGCAUUAAAGGAAGCCUCAACCUCCAACGCGAACGCCAUACAGCCCGCCCUUGAUCAUUACUUUGAAAGGACUGCAGUUCAAAUAUUGAAUUACGAGCGUUUGAAUACCAUCCAGCUCCAGAGGCUCGUCAUAGAACCAUUGGUUAAGCUAUACAACAAUGACAUUAAACAGGCGGAGGCGAAGAAGAAGGAAUUCGAGGAAGAGAGCAGGGAUUACUACGCCUAUGUUAGCCGCUAUCUCGGUCAACGCCAGGAUUCGUUGAAGGAAAAGAAGCGGGUGGAAAGUGAUUCAAAGUAUCAGGCAAAGCGACGCAACUUCGAGUUGAAGCGCUUCGACUACUCGUCCUUCAUGCAGGAUCUCCAUGGUGGCCGUAAGGAGCAAGAGGUUCUUUCCCAUCUUACCAAGUAUGCAGACACCCAAGCGAAGAGUUUUCUGGCAGCCGCCAAACAGGUUGAUGAUAUGGUUCCUCAGCUCGAUGCACUUAUCCAUGAGGUGAACCAAGCGGAUAAAGAAUUCCAGUUCCAGCGGACAGAAAGGGAAGAAAAGCGAAGGAAUCUGGAGAAAAGCAGCAACAUGUAUAUCGAGCCUGACUCUCUGGCCAAUGCGGGUGCAUCAUCGGUACAUUCAGGAAAUGGUGGCGGCAACCCAAAGUCUGAGAACGAGCUCGGACGUGCAGACAGCACAGGAUCCCAACUGCGAGGUGUCAUCAGCAACAGUUCUUCGAUUUUGCCGCAGACCAACUCUGGCAGCCAUUCAGGCGGUCCCUCGAUGCUCGCUUCUACCAGUAGUUCAACCGGCCAGCAGAGGAAGGAAGGCUUACUCUGGGCACUGUCGCGCCCAGGAUCUCAUAUUGACCCUAAGGGAAUAAACAAGCAGGCUUGGCAUAAAUUCUGGAUCGUUUUAGAUCAGGGAAAGCUCUCGGAGUAUAGCAAUUGGAAACAGAAACUGGACUUGCACAUGGAUCCUAUCGACUUGCGAAUGGCUUCCGUGCGAGAAGCUCGGAAUGCGGAACGACGAUUCUGUUUCGAGGUUAUCACACCACAGUACAAGCGCAUCUAUCAGGCAACAUCAGAGGAAGACAUGGCCAACUGGAUUCGAGCUAUCAAUAAUGCUCUGCAGAGCGCCGUUGAGGGCCGCGGCAUGUCUCCGCCCCCAGUCUCGUCCGGCAAUGACAACGCGUCCAUUGGCCGCGAUAUUGGCUCAGUGCUAACCGGGAAGAGUACUUCGUACACUGUUCAGCACUCCCAGUCAACAGGGUCCAACAACAGUGUCACCCGUCGUACAACUGUGGGUGCAAGACCAAGCUACGUACGCGGUGACGGUCUCGGUUUCGAGGAAAAUCCUUCAAAACUGCUUCAAACCAUCCGAGACGCAGAUCAGGGUAACAAUUGGUGUGCAGACUGCGGGUCUACAUCCAAGGUUGAAUGGGUCUCAAUCAAUCUGGGGAUUGUCCUCUGCAUCGAGUGCAGUGGUAUACACCGAUCACUCGGAACACACAUUUCUAAGAUACGUUCGCUUACACUGGACGUCAACUCCUUUUCGAAUGACAUCGUUGAAAUCCUGUUGCAGAUUGGUAACCGUGUCAGCAAUAUGAUUUGGGAAGCAACCCUCGAUCAGGCUCAAAAGCCGGUGGCGGCUUCUACUCGUGAGCAGCGGCUGAAGUUUAUCACUGCCAAAUACAGUGAACGGGCAUUUGUUCAGCCACUUCCUUCCCCCAUGUCGCGGUUUACCACCUCAGACGAGACUCUUCUGGCUGCGAUCAAAAGAAAUGACAUUCAGGGCGUGCUAUAUGGCAUUGCCCUUCGUGCCAAUGUGAACAUUACAGAUCGCUCUCGCAGCACGCAUGCCAUUUUUCUUGCAUUAGCCGCAGCAGAUCCAGCAUCACCUGGUGCGGCCUCAAACCUCUCCGUCAAACCCAGCGGGGCACCUACAGUGAAAGCCAUCCCAUUUCCUAUCGCAGAGCUGCUGGUCCAGAACGGGGCCGAGAUUCCCUCGCAACCGCCUCCCAUCCCUCUUUCAUCAGCCGCUCAGUUAUAUCUGAGCCAAAGAACCGCCAGAGUAUCUGCUUUUGGCACACCUCCUGCUGCUCCAUCACCUGGGAAAGCUACAUCCGAUUCUCUCGGUUCAGGACCUGCAAUUCGGGGCGCAGGGAAUGACCAUGUCAUUCCAACAACUCAAGCGCCGAGCUCCAUAGACAGCAAGGAGCGUGAGAAACUACAGAAAAGGGGCAGCGCCGGGGCCAGGUUUGCUGGAAAGGUUGCCUCCCUGGGAAUUGACCGCUAG